CAGCCGACAUUUCAAUCUCAAAGUUUUCCAUUGACAACUUCAUACCAUGUCAUCCCCUUCGAUCUCAACUUGCUCCCUCUGCACACAUCAUGUUUGGGUCGCGAAGUCCUCACUAUGAGAAGGUUGCACACUCAGAUACAGAGGCCGGUGAAGAAGCGCCACGACAAUUGAAGAAGUCUUUCAUAUCAAGGUCUACGACCUACUUCAAUUUCGGAUUCUUUGUCGUGAAUACAAUAAUAUUUGUAACGACACUAUGGGCAAAUGGCCGAAAAGGCGCCAAUUGGGCCCUCAAACAGACGAAUUAUGACACUCCCUUGCUGGAUCAGUUCACGUUCAAAAUGACCGAUGUCAAGCAAAAUGCCAGUCUAUUCAACGAUCCAUUCACAAUAUACAAAGCCGACCCAUCCCCCGAGGUAGAUGCAGCGUGGGAUGCGAUUGCAGACACACCAGUGCUUGUAUUUUCAAAAGAGGAUAUUGUUAGAAUUGGGAAGGAUCCUGAAUAUACAACGUCAGUGCCGGAGGAAUUUGGGUAUGGGACAGACAAAUACUUUGGAGUCAUGGACGGCCAGCACCUGAUACACUGCCUGGACGAACUGCGUAGAUUUGCGCACUACGAUUACUACUACCGUGAGAAGUGGGGAGAUAUGUCAAAUAUUCCUCCUAUGCAUGCUGCACACCGAUCACAUUGUAUUGGUGUACUGCUGAAUGCAUUGAAAUGCCAACCAAGCUUGAACAUUGUGACUUGGACAUGGAUGGAGGACCAGCCAGAACCAUUUCCAGACUUCAAUGCUUGGAGAAAGUGUCAAAAUACGGACGAAUUGUUUGAGUGGAUAGAUAAGAGGCAAGUUUCCAGACAAUCCAUCAAGGACUGGGACUGGAAGAGGCCAGAAGGCCAGAAAGAAAUUCCAUUGCUCCCCCAACUGAAAGAAGAGGAGGGUAAAGGGGGAGAAAAACACGCAGACUUGGGCGUGGCACAUAAUCAUGGGCAAGGACAUACACACGACUCUUAG